GCUAGUUGGAGACUGACUGGUCUAAAAAUAUUGUUUGAGACGCACACAUCAGCUCAUACUUCUGCAAAAGCCACCUGAGGUUUUGGUAGCAGAAGUCAAGUGGAAACUGUUGUGUGUGUCCUCAUCUAUAAACUACUACACACUGCCCACCAACGUCUCACUAAGAGCUGCUUUGUUGUUAGAUGUCAUUACAAGUAUGGGUGGAGGUAAACUGUGGUUUGUUCUGCUUCUGAGGCUGAUGUUUCUCACUGACAGCGAAGUGGUACAAGAGUAUCUUGAGAAGACCAUUGGUAAAGAACCAGAUGUCACUCCACUAUGCACCAAUACAACUGAGAAUGUUAUAUCAUUUAUAGUUUGUAAGAUCAGAACUGAGAUGAGACAGGGAGAAGAGUGUCGUCUGUUGUAUCAAUACGGACAAGACUUUGUGCAUGAAUGUGACUCCAGGUUCACACUAGUGAAGGAAAAUCACACCGUGUUUCUACGCGUGAUCAAUUUAACACCAAAGGAAAGUGGGAACCACAUCUGUGAGUGUACAUAUCUUAGUGGAACACACACUCUUCAUCUGAAUAUCACUGUGAAAGAAGAUGAAGUCCCGGCCACAGUUACACAUAUUCCUCUCUCUUAUGUUUAUAUUGGAGUCACUAUAUUCAUCAUAGUAAUUUGCAUCAUCCUGGGAUGUGUCUACACAAAAAGGCGCCACGGAAGACAAACUGAAACUGAACCAAUAACCAGUCAACCAAACACGAUACUGCCCACGGAAGCAGAGGCCAUCGAGCCGUACAGCGUCUUCAUUCAGACAGAGAAUGGACUUUACACAACUGCAAGAAUACACAGUUUAAAUAUGAGGACUAAUAAUAUGUCUAACACAUAAAUGAUGAUGAUUUAGAACAUUAUUUUCCAUGUAUUUAAUCCUUUAUGUGAGUUUAAUAUUUUUAAAGGAAGUGAACUCUCUUGUAAAACAAAUGCAAGUAUAAAAUAAAAUGUGUGAAAAUCUGUGAUA